AUGGCGGCUCGAUCCAUCGCCGCGGCAGUUCUCGUGUCGUCGCCGCUGCCGCCGCGCGCGGAGAUUUGCGCUUCUACCGGGGCUGCGAGCAGCGGUGUUAGAGGGCCUCCUAGUAGGUCUAUUAGCAGCACCACUGCGAGGCAACGGCGCGCUACGAAGCGGACAGAGGGUGCGACGGAUGCGCGCCCCGUCGUUUCGCGGAGGAGGCGGCGCGGUUUGCAGAGAGUUGCGCACCUCUCCGCCAGCGACGGCGCGCAGCCGAGCGCCGAUUCCGCGCGGGCAGUGAGGGCGGAAGUGUUGACAGUGGGGCCACUGCACUCCUCGCGCGGGGACGAGGAGGGCGGAGAGAGGGCUGGGGGGGAAGCCAGUUGCGCGAGCGGUGGCGCGCUGCAAGAGGGGCUUGGGGGCCGGGGGGACGGAAUCGCGGGGCAGGCGGACGAGUGGACGGCGGCGGAUGAGGCGGAGCUGAUUUCGCGGGCGGUGGGCGGGGCUGUGGGCGGGGCGGUGGCCCAUAGCGCGGAAGCGCAUAUUGCCGGGGUAAUGUGCGCAGGCGCGGGGGCCGCGGAGGGUGCGGAGGCAACAUGGGUGAAUCGGGGGGCGGAGGGGAACGGGGGGGUGAUUCUGGCGGAAGAAUCUGAGGCAGGGGGGGAAGGGGGGGAAUCUGAGAUGGCGCGGGGGUGGCUGGAGCUGGAGCGCGCGCAGCUGGAGCUGGCGAUGCGGGAGUCGCGCGGGGAGGCGGAGAGGAGAGAGGCUGAGGAGAGAAAGGCGGAGGAGGAAGAGGCGGAAAGGGGGGAGUGGGAGGCGGUUGAGGGCGAGGUGGCGGCGGGGGAAGCAGGGCGGCGGGAGACUACGGGGUUGGGCGAGGACGAGGGGGAGGGCGGAGGCGAGAGGGGUGAGCAGGGUAGCGUUUGCGCGGAUUACAUGGUUGGGCUGUUGGUUGCGCGGAAGGGCUCAGAAGGCGCGGGGGAGAGCGCGGAGUGGCGGGGGCGCGCGGAUGCAGCUGGGGGCGGGGAGUGGAGCGACGACGAGGCGGUGGCGGUGGAAGGCAGACCGGCCGCUUACCCCGCCGCCCUCAACUCGCUGUACCUGUCGUUCGUGUUCAACUGCUUCGUGGAGCAUGCAUGGCGCUUCACGGGCGCGGCUCUGCUCGCGCUGCUGCACGACUCGCUGCUGCCCGUCGCCGUCGCCAGCUUCGCCAGCCAGUUGGUGGUGUUCGUGGGGGCGCCAUUGGUGGGCGACAUGAUGGACUCCGCGCCCAGGGUGGCGGCCUUCAACACCAUCUCCUGCAUCCAGACAGCAGCCAUGGUGGCAGCAGCGCUGGCCACGCUAACAGCAGUGCACGCGGCGCCAGCAGCGGCAGGGCAGACGGGGGCGGCACUGAUGAGGAGGGGGUGGUUCGUGGUGCUAGUGGUGGCGGGCGCCGUGGAGCGCAUCACUGGCAUCGCCUCUGGCGUGGCGUUUGAACGCGACUGGGUCAUUCUGCUGGCAGGGCAGGACAACGCGGCAGCGCUGGCCAAUGCCAACGCCAUGCUGCGCCGCGCCGACCUCUUCUGUGACGUGGCAGGGCCGCUGGUGUUUGGGUGGCUGCUAUCAACGUUCAGCCCUGUGGUGUGCAUCAAAGCCUCCCUCGCCACCAUGCUGCUCUCCCUCCCCAUCCUCAUCUGCCUCGUGCUGCUGACCGACCGCCAGUCCAAUGGCGUGCUCAGCCGCCCCAAACAGCCUGCGGCGCUGCACAACUCACUGGAAACUGCCACCACGCACUCUCAGCAGCAGCAGCAGCAGCAGCACUAG